CCUCUCUUCACAAAACCAACUAAACUACCUUGCAUGGCCCUCUCUUCUUCUUCUUCUUCUUCUCCAUUUUCUCUCUUCUCUCCCCUCUCUCUUCGCCGCCCUUCUCUUUUCCCACCUUCUUCUCCUUCUUCUCUCUACAAUAUCUCCCGUUCUCUACCAAAACCCGUCCCAAUUCACUGCACCAAAAGUAAGAACAAACCCCUUCAAGUCACUUCAAGCACCACUAAUUCCGACCCCAAAGCCGGCGUCUCAGUUUACAAGCCCAAGUCUUAUGAAGUUCUCGUCACUGAUGCCGCCAAUUCUCUUGCUUUUGCUCUUCAAGAUGGCAAAACCCGCUUGGAAAUCGACUUCCCGCCAUUGCCUAGUAACAUGUCCUCUUACAAGGGAUCUUCAGAUGAGUUCAUAGAUGCGAACAUUCAACUUACCUUGGCUGUUGUUAGAAAGCUUCAAGAAAGGAUGGAUACCCGAGCUUGCAUUGUAUUUCCUGAUAAGCCAGAAAAGAGCAGGGCCUCUCGGAUUUUUAAAGCAGCUCUUGACUCGAUUGAUGGUAUCACCAUAGGUUCCCUGGAUGAUAUCCCUAGCAGUGGUGUCAAAAAUUUCUUUAGCUCUAUAAGGAACACCCUGGAUUUUGAUUUUGAAGAUGAUAAUGCAGGUCGUUGGCAGUCCGAUGAGCCACCUACACUGUAUGUGUUUAUUAACUGCAGCACUCGUGAACUUUCUGUUAUAGAGAAGUAUGUGGAGAAGUUUGCCCCGUCAACCCCAGCACUUCUUUUCAAUCUUGAACUGGAUACUCUAAGAGCUGAUUUAGGCCUAUUUGGAUUUCCAACCAAAGAUUUGCAUUACCGGUUUCUUUCUCAGUUCACCCCAGUGUUUUAUAUCCGAAUCAGAGAGUACUCAAAGACGGUAGCAGUGGCACCUUACGUUGUAAAUUACAGUGGAGCGUUAUUUCGCCAAUACCCUGGGCCUUGGCAGGUGAUGCUUAAACAAGCAGAUAAUUCUUAUGCUUGUGUAGCGGAAAGCACAACACGGUUUACUUUGGGUGAAACCAAAGAAGAACUGUUGAGGGUCAUGGGACUACAAGAAGAAGAAGGAAGUUCUUUAGAAUUUCUUCGCAGAGGCUACAAGACUGCUACUUGGUGGGAGGAAGAUGUUGAACUGGAAUUAUCUUCUGCUUGGCGUAGUUAAGCAACUGUAGGAGUACUGGCCAAAUGUUAUUGAAAGCUAUAGAUAAUAUUCAAUUGCCUCAGACCACAAAAACGCUUCAAUUUUGCGAAAACACGUUAUUAUUUUUCAUUGUUUUGACAACUCUAUAUUCUUUUUGGUGGAAAUGAUGUAAUUCUAGUAGUAUAUGAAGGAAAUCUUGUUUCAUACACAUUGUGGCGAGGAAAUAUCAGACGAGAUAGAACUUCUAAGUCA